CCGUCAUCCCCCGAUUUAGCUCCAGUGUCCGCCAUUACUGCAGCGUCAAAACCCUCAGCAGAUAGAGUUCGGAUCAAUGAUGUUGUAAGACUGCAUACUACUCUCACUGCUACUGGCCGUUGCCAAAUCCAAGGGCAGGAUCUGACUAUCCAGGAAAGUACUAACGGCAGUGCUGUCGUGUCUGCCUGCCUCUCGAGACUACGGGAAUCGGAAAUAUUUCCCAGUGAUAACGAAAUCCUGCGGAGGAUUGCCUACGUAGAGACUGGCGAUGGAAACAGCCCCGAUACUGAUCGCGCCAAUUACCACGGCGGUAUUUGGGCCUUGGACGAAUAUCUUUUUGACGAAACUCAAGAUGUAGCUUCACACGAAUCAUCCCUGACUAGUCUCUAUCAGGAGAUCCAGACAAAGUUCUCUAUAGACUGGUCUACGGUUGAGUGGUAUGAUUUACGAAAGCCUUUGUAUUCUGCGCUCGCCGCACGUAUCUACCUUUCUAAUGUCUCCACGCCAAUUCCUAUUUCAAGCCUGAUUCAGUCUCAGGCGACUUACUGGGUUACCUACUACAAUCCGUUUGCGGCAGAAUCAACUUUCGUGACGGUGGUUAAUGACCUACUUGCAAUUGAAGGGUGCUCUGUGAGUGGAAUUGACAUUUUCUUUGUGAUGGACGAGUCAGGAAGUAUCGGAGCAUACAACUACGAACUCAUGAAAAGGUUUGUCAACGACACUGUAAAUGAAUUUGAUAUUGGACCCGAUGACACGCAAGUUGGUGUGAUAUCCUAUGCCUCAUAUGCCAGAUAUCAGUUUUAUCUCAAUACAUACCACGAUAAGCCUUCUCUCCAAAUGGGAGUACGGAAUCUAGUAUUUGCUGGUGGAGGCACAUAUACAGCAGGAGCUAUAGAUCUGCUCCGGGUGUCAGGGUUCACUUUGGCCAAUGGAGGACGACCCGAGUCCCAAGCCAUUCCUAGAGUGGGUGUUGUGAUCACUGACGGGCGCUCUAACUAUGAUGCAACGGUCGCUGCAGCUCAAAAUGCUCACAGUCAAGGUAUAACACUCUUUGCUGUUGGAAUUGGGAAUGUCAACUACAAUGAGCUACUGGGAAUUGCCUCUGAGUCACAAUACGUUUCUACCAUUAACAAUUUUGACUUGUCACAGUUUGAAGCUCUUCAUACGACUAUCACAAACGAGGCUUGUACGACAUCAGCUGAAGUUGAUUUUAAUGAGACAGUUAACAGUAGUGUUGGUGAAGACAAAAUCACAUACAUAAAGAUCCCAUACAACCCACAUCAAGGAGUGACCAUUAAAGUGAAUGUUACCAAUGGGACUGUGAGAGUGUAUGCAUCUGGUCAGACAAGAACACCAAAUGAGGCCUUCAAUGACUGGAUGAUUGAGACAGACAGCUACUCUGACUACUAUCUCGGCCCUGACGAUUUCCGCAGGACAAUUGGUGAAAAUGUGUUCAUUGCUAUAGAAGGGGAGGACAUUGAAAAUGACUUCACCUUAGUUUCAGAGGAAGGAGAUACCACUAUAGCUCCUGGUGCACCACUGGAUGUGACCAUUGGCACAGUUACUGCUACUACUGUCCAGGCGUCUUGGAGAGCACCUGCUAACUACGACUCAAAUGGGAUUAUCAGAUAUGACAUUGAGGUGACUGAGUACCAGUUUGGUCUGCCACCAGUGGAGGUCAACACAACCGAUAGCUCGGUGAUAGUCACUGGUCUGGAGCAACAUAAUACAUUCAGUGUCAGAGUUGCCGCCGUAAGCAGCUCGCAAGUUGGAGUCUUUUCCCCACCCAUCAAUUUUACAACCUCGGAAGCAGCUCCAGAUGGACCUCCAGCACAAGUAUCUGGAACAGCCAUUAACUCAACUAGCAUCACAGUCACCUGGCAUCCUCCGGCCGUAAUCAACCAAAAUGGUGACAUAGUGGAGUACAUAGUAAAGGUAAUAGAGACUGAAACAGGAUUGAUCUACAAAUGGAAUGUGACUGACACUUUUCUGACUGUGAGUAUGCUGCAUCCUUACUACCUGUAUGCAAUCUCUGUUGCCGCGGUAACUAUUGGAAAUGGACCAUUCUCGGAAGAAGUCAAUGUCAUUACUGAUGAAGCUGCUCCAACUGGAGCACCACAAAAUUUUGCAGCUAUUGUCAAGUCUCCGUUUGUGGCUGAUCUGUUGUGGUAUCCUCCACUGCCCAGCAAGCGAAAUGGGAUCAUCAUUAACUAUGUCAUCUACAUCUCUGAUGAAGAGAGUGGGUGCCAGUUUCAAGAAUCUACUUCAAAUACUUCAAUUACCAUCAAUGAGAACCUUCAUCCUUACCACACAUACAAAUGUGUGAUAGCUGCUGAGACGUCUGUUGGUCUGGGGCCGUUUAGCUCAGCCAUCUUUUUCACCACACAUGAAGAUGUUCCUAGCAAGCCAAACAUCAGUGGUGUUUCAAGGAUUAACGGAGAGCCACACAAGUUACUGGUUACUUGGAGUGCCCCAGAGACUCCAAAUGGAGUCAUCAUUAACUACUACAUCUACUGUAACAAUUCUGACUCGGUUGAAACAACCACUGUUUGUGGAUGUCAGCUUGCUGCUGUAGUGAUGAACCUAAUCCCUUUUACUUACUACGACUGCAAAGUUUCUGCAACAACCUCCGCUGGCGAGGGAGAGUCCAGCAGUAAGAAAUCUGCUCAAACGGAGGAAUCGGAGCCUGGUGAUGCCCCGACAAACUUUAUAUCCACCAUCAUCAAUUCUACUGCCAUAAAGCUGAUGUGGAACGAACCUAGACAACCGAAUGGUGUUCUAGUGUCCUACACCAUUACAUACAACACAUCAGAAGACCUUGUUUCAAGAACAGAGGCUUUGGAAUCAGUGGAGGUAGGAGGUCUAGAGGAGAACACCUGGUACAGGUUUGAUAUAGUGGCAUCCACAAGGAUCGGUAGUGGACCCUCUGCAUCCCUCACUACAAGGACUGACAUUUCAGUUCCUCACUCACCACCUUCAAGCAUCUCUGUUGAAGUUAGGAGCGGUACAGAAGUUACGCUAUCGUGGCAGCCCCCACCAUUUCAGGAUCAAAAUGGACCCAUCACCUACUACUCCCUGAUUGUCAGAGAGCUGGUCUUUGGUCUGGGUGAAUCCCAGACUAAUGUGACAACCCUCAGUUACACACUGACUGGUCUAGAGGAAUACAACAACUACAGUUUCACUAUAGCAGCGGCAACUGAAAAGGGUCUUGGGCCUUACAGUAUGGUUUAUAACUUCACUACAAAGGAGGAUUAUCCUGCUUCUCCACCAGCUAACGUAUCAGGAUAUGUUUCGUUUUCUUAUCUUUUGGAACUCUCCUGGACUCCGCCUCCAGCCUUGGAUCAAAAUGGUGUCAUUACCUCUUAUGUAGUCAAAGUCCACGGAGUCGAGACGGAUGCAGUGUGGACAAUGAUUGCAGUCAAUGAGGACAUUAGGAUUGGGUCACUCAACUAUUCCUAUCGUUAUAACUGCUCUGUUGCGGCCAGCACAAGUACUGGUGUCGGACCUUUCAGCCAAGCAAUAACUCUGAUGAUAGAUGAACCAGCAGGUGGUGGCGGUGUUACCUCACAGCAGUCUAGAGUGUCAGGGGGUUACUUUGCUGCUGUCACCUUUGCCAUUCUGGAAGGAAUUGGUUUAGCCGCAAUUACAAUUGGCAUCAUUUACAAGAAAUAUUGCCAUGGCAAGAGGGCAUCUUUUUUCAUCAGCAAAGUUCCGUAUCAGAGAAUGUUGGAUUAUGUGGCUGGAAAUUUCAAGCAGAAUACGUCUGAGAUGGAGCGACAGAUUAUUGGUGAGAAAUGACUGUAUAAUUGCUUUUUGGUAUGUAUAACUUUUUGGUUGUUACAGAAGAGCCAACAGCUGAGGAAAAUCCAAGUACCACAGGAGUUUAAAUAUCUCAAACUCCGUCAUUUUUAUUAUUAAUCCAUGUAGUAUGUAGCUAGCCUGCUGUGUAUAUUGGAUCGUCGGAAUGCUUUUGCUAUAUAUGUUGUUUAGAAUAUUUCUGCAGAACUAACCAUUAAA